CCCCAGCCAAGAAAGGCUGUAUCAUAUAUCUCAUAGCCUUCACAUAACGUAUUUUAUGGCUAUCGGCCCAGUUUUCACCUCAAUUGUUAACACCAGUCCUUGUCACAUGUGUCAUUUGGCCGCAUUUUCCCAUUGCAUCGUUCAACCACUAAGCAGUGUUCAGAUGCUUGUGUCGCCUUGUCUUAGCUCUCACAUAAUUUAUCCCUCUUUCGAUUGAGCUGCUGUCUCUAUGUCGGAUCUAAGACCCGUCUUUUUCUUUGAUAUUGACAAUUGUUUAUAUUCAAGCAACAGAAAAGUCCGCGAAGUCACUACGGGGCUCGUCACCGAGUACAUCAAGAACACUCUUUCACUUGACCAAGAAGCCGCCUUAAAGCUCCAUACCAAAUAUCACAAUGAAUAUAGCUUGAUUGUGGAGGGUCUCGCACAGAACCAUUCAAUUAGUCCUCUUCAUUUCAACAGCCACGUUGAUGACGCUUUACCACUAGAGGAUCUCCUAGAGCCCGAUCCUGAGCUCCGCAAGAUGCUUCAAGAUAUCGACAAAAGCAAGGUGAAAUUGUGGUUACUCACCAAUGCCUAUGUCAACCACGGUAAACGGGUGGUUCGGUUACUUGAGAUUGAGGAUCAGUUCGAAGGUCUCACUUAUUGUGACUAUGAAGCCAGCCCCAUUCGGUCCAAGCCCCAUUUGGAGAUGUUCAAGAGAGCGAUGAAGGAAGCUUGUGUGGAAGAUAUGAAAUCAUGUUACUUUGUUGAUGAUUCAGCCCAAAGCUGUUUAGAAGCGGAAAAGUUAGGCUGGACCACGGUGCAUUUACUGGAAGAAAACAUUCAACCACCUGAAGGCUACGUUUGCAAACAUAGGAUUACGCACUUGUCAGAGUUGAGGAAACUCUUCCCUGAAUUCUAUAAUGAACAUAAGACAGAUAGCUUUCAGUAAAUGAUAUAGAACACAACUCUAACC